UUACGGUUUCUGUGGGAGGAAGGAAGGAGCAAGCGGUGAUGGGGGUCUCGUGUUCAUGCAUGAACGAAGUUCUCCGGAGAAAGAACGGAGGAUGGAACAAACACACGCCAGUGGAUUUGGAUCGGUUCGUCGGCAUGGCGCGCAUCGAGAUCGAAGAGGCACACAUGAAGCGGAGUGACAAAUGGUUUGCGGUUAUCUCAUUGGGAAGACAAGCUUUCAAAACAGACACCAGUACAACCACAAGCAAGCCUGUGUGGAAGUCGGGAGUAAAAGUUGUUCUUGAUAAGGAUGGGCCAAGCAUCGCAAGAAUUUGUGUCUACGAUUUCAACAGGACGAGAAACAACGUGCUAGUUGGCAUUUGCGAUCUGGAUUUGAAGUUUAUACCCUCGAAAGAGGGUCAAGAGCCAGAAAGGCAGGAGUUGGUCCUGUUUGAUCCCUCGACGAAGAAGACAACUGUGGGAACUAUUACAGUAUCAUACAUCUCCGAGUCCAGGGAUGUGGUCUUGCGGGACUUUGCAAAACGUCUACUUGCGAUAGUGGAUUUGGAUGGGAAUGGGACAUUGUCGAUCAAUGAGUUCAAGGAGCUUGUGAAAGCAUUCGGCAACCCUGUCAGCUCAAAAAAGCUUGAAGAAUUGUUUAACAAUUGCGAUCUGAACAAGGACGGAACUGUUUGCGUUGACGAACUUGCAAACCUUAUUGUUAGUGCAGACAGUGAAGACUUCAGUGCGUUUACGGUAAAACAAUGCCCGGUUUGCGGAGAGAGUCUCAAAGACUACGAUGACUUGAACGAUAUCAUUCAUAUGUCUCUCUGUUUCAAUGAGGAUCCAUUUGAUCAGACCAUGACGGGCGGUUUCUUGACGGAUAAGCAAGCAGCCAAUGGGUAAUUUACCGACUUUACAUCCAAUGAACCGGGACAGCUACAGACUGAGAAAUCUGCAUUUCUUGAGGGCAUACUCACACUAGCACUUUUCUAAAUGUAUCUGACUGCAAUUGCGGCCAACCUGGACGAGUCUGACUGCAAUCGCGUCCAGAGCUCAGUAGAAAAAGUUAUAGUGUGAGCAUGCCCUGAGAAAAGUUACUGUCUUUGAUCUGUUUGCUCAAGUUUGCUGAGUUUCUGAGUAAGUAUGUGACCUGCUGGUGAUGUAUGUAUGCCGUGUGCUCGACUGUGUCUAAGUUUGUGCACCCAAGCU